CCAGCCGAGCGUGUUUUCAUAAAACUCCUGCUUGGGUCAGAAACUUCAGUCUGUGGGCUGCGGCGCAGGUAGCAAAGUGGCCUAGAGAACUUGAAUGCCUCCGGUGACUGGAGAGCAAGCGGUUACCAUGAACGUGUUCCAUUUUGACCCUUCAGAUAACUAUACAGAGGAUGAGCUGGGCUCAGGUCGUGACUAUGAGUCCUUCAAAGAACCAUGCUUCAGGGAAGAAAAUGACCAUUUCAACCGCAUCUUUCUGCCCAUUGUUUAUACCAUCAUCUUCCUCACUGGCAUCGUGGGCAAUGGAUUGGUCAUCCUGGUUAUGGGUUACCAGAAGAAACUCAGAAGCAUGACGGACAAGUACAGGCUACACCUGUCAGUGGCAGACCUCCUCUUUAUCCUCACACUACCCUUCUGGGCAGUUGAUGCUGCCGCAGACUGGUACUUUGGAAAUUUUCUAUGCAAAGCAGUCCAUAUCAUCUACACAGUCAACCUCUACAGCAGUGUCCUCAUCCUGGCCUUCAUCAGCCUGGAUCGAUACCUGGCCAUAGUCCAUGCCACCAACAGUCAGAGGCCAAGGAAGCUGUUGGCUGAAAAGGUGGUUUAUGUUGGUGUCUGGAUACCUGCUCUCCUGUUGACUAUUCCUGAUUUCAUCUUUGUCAAUGUCAAGGAGAUGGAAGACAGGUAUCUCUGUGACCGCUUCUACCCCAAUGACUUGUGGGUGGUGGUCUUCCAGUUUCAGCACAUCAUGGUUGGUCUCAUCCUGCCGGGUAUUGUCAUCCUGUCCUGCUACUGCAUUAUCAUCUCCAAGUUAGCACACUCCACGGGCUACCCGAAACGUAAGGCCCUCAAGACCACAAUUAUCCUUAUUCUGGCUUUCUUUGCCUGCUGGCUGCCCUACUACAUUGGGCUCAGCAUUGACUCCUUCAUCCUCCUAGAAAUCAUCAGUCAAGGAUGUAAGUUUGAGAACACUGUGCAUAUGCUCAUUUCUAUCACUGAAGCCCUUGCCUUUUUCCACUGUUGCCUGAAUCCUAUCCUCUAUGCCUUCCUUGGAGCCAAGUUUAAAACCUCCGCCCAGCAUGCACUCACUUCUGUGAGCAGAGGGUCCAGCCUCAAGAUCCUCUCCAAGGGAAAGCGGGGUGGACACUCUUCUGUUUCAACUGAGUCUGAGUCUUCAAGUUUUCACUCCAGCUAACACUGAUGUAAAAGACUUAUAUAAUAAAGGACUUUUUUUUUAAAAGUUACACAUUUUUUCCAGAUCUAAAAGACUGACCAAUACUGUACAGUUUUUAUUGACUGUGGAUUUUUUGUGUGUGUGUUUUUAGUUUGUGAGGUUUAAUUGACUUAUUUAUAUAAAUAUUUUUUUUGUUUCAUGUUGAUGAGUGUCUAGGCAGGACCUGUGGCCAAGUUCUUAGUUACUAUAUGUCUGGUUGUAGGACUGUAGAAAGUGAACUGAAUGUUCCAAAGUGUGUUGUGAAUCACUUAAAGCUAGAAAUGACCCUCAACUGUUUAUCCAUAAGUAAUCUCUCCAUACCAGCAGUGUAUUUUCUUUUUCCUGCUCUUUAAUUGUUUGGUUACACUAUAUGAUGUUUUCUGUAGAAGAUGGCACUUAUAACCAAAGUCUGAGGCAGUAUAGAAAUGCUGGUUUUUUAGUUUUCAGUAGUGGGUUGAUUUCAAGAUCUACAAUGUACAGUCUUGUAUUAAGUUGUUAAUAAAAAUACAUGAUAAACUUCA